AUGUCUGCACGGGACAGCGCAGACUUCAAUUCUGUGAGGUACUUCACAGGCAGAUUCCCCUGCUUGAAGAUGAAUGCUGAGGAGAUGGACAAGCUUGAGGGUCAAUUCAUGACCUACCAAACCGAUGCUCUGCCAGAAAGCAUCACCAGCUGUGACAGACCAGACACACAGUGGCACCUGAUGAGUCAGCUGAAGGAUGGAAAUGGCCAUCUCAAGUACCCUUUACUCUGCAAGGUAAUGCUGGCUAUCCUCUGCAUCUUCCAUUCCAAUGCAGACUGCGAACGCAUCUUCAGUCUUGUCACAAAAAACAGAACGGAGUUCAGACCUAGUAUGGGAAUGGAGACCCUGAGUAACCUCAUUACCCACAAACAAUUCAUGGUGGCAAAGGGGUCUGUCUGCUACAAGCAGGCGUACUCCAAGACAACUCUUGCCAAGGCCAAGUCAGCAACCUAUGACCAUCUAAAAUCAAUGGAUGCCAUUGAGGAAAAACUUGACCCGAAGCAGUACCCGUACAUCUCCCAGCGACAAGCAUCUUCCAAAACCAGCGCUCCAUCAAGUGCUCGCUAUGGUAACUGGCAUAAGAACAGGGGCCCCACAGAGAUGAAGACAGGGCCCAGGAUCAUCGUUUUUAUUAUUGGAGGGAUGACGUACAGUGAGAUGCGCUGUGUGUAUGAGGUCACACAGGCCAAUGGGAAGUGGGAGGCUGUGAUCGGUUCCACCCAUAUUCUGACCCCCCCGAAGUACCUAAAGGAACUACAGCACCCAGACUUCCUUGACCCCAACGCCCCUCCAGAGGGCACAGAGGGCACAGAGGGCCCAGAGGAGCCGCCUGCAGAAUGAAAACACAUUUGGAAGAUCCCUGCAUCUUCAUCCCUUCUCGCCUUCUGAAAGCCCUCAAAGACUUGGAGCAGUGGUCCUUCAUCAGCCCUCAGCAUAAACAGCAGACCCCCCCAGCAUGAUGCAUCACAUACAUGUUGUUUAAGAUCCAGUUGUUGUUUACUCAUAAAACACAACUAUUUUUAAGAUUUAUGACUGUGUUGAUGUUGAUCACAUUUUGUCUGACAAUAUUUAAAUUCUUUGUAAUGUUGUCUACUGUCUAUUGUGGGAAGUUAUUUUUUGGAAAAUAGAUGUAUGUGAAUUAGGUUAGAUGACCAGAUGAGAUUCAGGGAGUAUGGCUGUAAAUGAAAGCUGCUUACAGAGUAUACUGGGACACAGAUAUAACAAAACAUGCUUUGACCUUUUCUGUGGAUAUUCUAGAAGCUGCCCUCUACCUAUCAUCUCUUUUCCUUAGUUUGUGUGUUGUUCCUGUAGAGAUUCAGUUUGCUUUUGUUUUUUUUGUGUUUGACCAUGAUGAUGUGAUAGAUUAUUGUUGUGUAGUGAUUCUCUUUAACUAGUAAUCCACUGUAUGAAGAGAGAUGUCAGUAUUAUGAUGAGUAUGUUCUUGUACGUUCAAAUGGAUGAACAAAACUCACAGGAUGUGAGUUAGCUAAUAAACUGCUUCCAUAUA